AUGCUUCGUAUCUUGAAAAUAGUCCAUCGCCUGCUCGCCUGCUUCACUUCCCUCGUCUUCGCUGACGCCGACGUCAACCUCGAAGUGCUCGGAAUGAGCGAUCGAUCGGAAGCGAGCAUCCAAGGAUUCCUCGCCCGUCUCUUCGAAUUCACCAUCUGUCUCAUCACCGCCGAACAUUCCGAAGAGCAAGAGAUCACCCGCGGCACCCUGAUCCUCUAUCACGUCAGCUCCCUUCUUGUCAAGGUGAUAAUUCGAAAGAGGAACCCCGCAGAAAGGAGUCUGUUUCAGAACAAACCGACCCAGAAGUAUCUGAUCCACGUCAUCGAAUCGGUCACUUCUGCCAAAACCAGCUACCCGCUCGGCACGGCCCGCUACAUGGCCAAGAGACACGGCGUCCAAGUGGUAAUUUCAAAAUCCGCUUUUCUUCCUAAUAAUUUGAAAUUAAGAAAAAGGAAGAGUACAACACGAUCAUCGUCGUCUUCCUCUCGCGUCUAUUCAUCUCCAAGCGUUUCGAAGGACUGGAAAUGGAGGAAGCGAUGGUGGACAACAUCGAACAGUUCUAUCGGACGGUUAUCAAGGUGCUCAGACGCAUUGCGAAGAGACCGCAGCUGGUGGGUUUUGAAGUGAAAAAGAUCUGCUGUCGAACAAAGUCAUGCAACAGAGAAAGAACCUGGACGAGAUCGACUGCAUUGUUUUGAGCGAUGAGGAGGACGAACCGAAGGGGACCGCGAACGACGGAAGCGCCCGCAAAAGACAACACCAUGAGGGACCCGGACCGAACCGCCACGAGCUCCAGGAGAAGAUGAGCAGAUACGAGGAAGAGGACUAUUUGGGGACCCCGGCGCCAGUCCUCACGGUCCAGCAAAAGCAUCAGAUCGACCAGCUCUUUGCGACGGAAAGCGAAGAUAUCAACAAGACGGCGCUGCUCCAGGGAAAGAUGAUCCACCUCGCCGUGCACGUUCGCAACGCGCUCAGACUUCCCGAUCCCUACAAGGUUCUGGUCAGUUUGAAAGAAAAAAUAGUAAAAGAAACAAAAAGAGAUCGAGUUGCAGAUCAAGAGAUACCUGGAACAGAAGAAGGCGGCGCUCUCCAAGGAUCAGUAA